AUGGACCGCUACCUCUCCACUCAUGCUAGCCAGAGGCCGACCGCCAUCGCCAUCGAAGACGAUGCCCAGAAAUUGACCUAUGAAGACCUAGAACGAGAAGUUGACAAACUAGCAUCUGUGCUGAAUAAUUACCAUUUGAGCCCUGAGGAGCCGAUUUGCAUCAUAGAAGGAAUCAAUUCCAAACUAGUCAUUGCCCAGCUUGCAGUCAUUAGAGCAAGACUGACCUGUGUGCCGAUCGAGCCAUCGACGCCUAAGCUUCGUCUGAGUGACAUGCUCACUGAUAUCGGAGCCAGCUUUAUUCUUUCUGACAAGGAGGAUGUUACCAAUAAUACCGAACACACAGUGAUUCCUAUAACAGGCCAGAGUCCUCAUGAUACUUCCGAUGUGCGGGAAGACAGCCAAGUGAACGGUUCAGACCAUGACCCAGAUCCCAAAUAUCGCAGCCAUAUUCUGUUCACAUCAGGGUCAAGUGGAAGACCAAAGGCUGUUCAGAUACCUGAAAGUGCUAUCAUUCAUCUAGUGACCAAAACAGCUUGUACGCCGCUGGAACCCUCCGACCGUGUUGCACUUAUAAACAACCCAGGCUUUGAUAUUUCUCUCUUCGAAGUGUUCAGUCCAUUGGUCGCAGGCGCAACAAUGAUCCCCGUGCCUCGCAUGGUUGCGACUGAUCCGUUCGCGUUCCGAGAGUUCAUCGCAGAGAAAGCUCUCUCGGUGAUAUUCUUGACGGCAGCGUUACUUUCUAUUACUGGCUUCACCUGUCCUGCGGCUUUCCGCGGCGUCCGGCUUGUCCUGAGUGCCGGAGAUGUACCCAGUGUCGCUGCCGUCAAGGCCAUCAUGAAAUCCUCUGCACCUCCAAAACAUCUCUGGAACACAUACGGCCCAACAGAAACAACGACCUACUCUACCAUGCACGAAAUUAAAGUGGAAGAGUUCCAACACGAUUCCUUGGGCAUUGGCGGGCCAGCUGGGGACACUGAAUUAUGCCUUGUGGAUGCGAAUCUGAAACCCGUUACAAAGCCCGGUGAGGUAGGCGAGAUUCUUCUUGGGGGGCCCGGUAUGACUACAGGAUAUAUCAACCGCCCGGAGGAGAACGAGAACAACUUCGUCACCCUACAUGGAAUCGAAUAUUACCGAACCGGCGAUCUAGCAAGGUAUCGCGUGGCUACGCCUGAUGUCCUUGAAUUUGUUGGCCGCGCAGACCAUCAAGUAAAACAGGGCGGUUUCCGUGUGGAAUUAGGAGAAAUCGAACAAUCCCUCCACGCAAGCGGCUGGUUGUCCGGUGCUGUCGUACGGCAAAUCACUUCACAAGAGGAAAAAAAGGAGCCGUUCCUUGUUGCAUUCGUGAUACCUGCUAUUGCUAAUACAGUUCGUGCCCGUACACUCUCUGAAUAUUUGAAGCAGAGAUUGCCAUCAUAUAUGAUUCCGAGAGAUUUUAUCUUUUGCUCGGAGUAUCCCAUGACGGUGCAUGAUAAGGUCGAUCGGAAAGCAUUGGAGCAGCAGUAUCGAGAAAGUCGAGAGAGUCAAGGAGUUGCCAAUGGCGAACAGACAAAUGGCCAUGGAAGCGGCACUGAAAAUGUCGUGAAGUCUCUGUGGUCAUCCUUAUUGAACAGGGACAACAUCGACAACGAGGAUGACUUCCUUGCACUUGGAGGAACGUCUCUUCAGUGUGCAGCUCUAAUAAGUAGACUGAGGCAUCACUUAGGAAAGACGAUCUCCAUGCAGUCACUUCAUGAGAAUUCACGACUUUGUGAUCUGGUUAAUCACCUUGACGAAUUUACUGAAGGAGGCAAUGCACCGGUCGAAACAGACAAGUGGAUCGCACACUCCAAGAUCGCUGACUCUCUGCACGCGGUGCCUGAUUGGCAGGCAGAAAAUGAAGGAAGAGUAUUCAUAUCGGGUGUCACUGGAUUCCUCGGUGUCAAUUUCCUGAGCCGAUUCCUACAGAUGUCUACAGUCAAAGAGAUCGUGUGCGUCGCACGGCCUAAAAAUGGCAUUACACCGCGAGACAGAGUGGAGGCGACUUUGGAGCAAUAUGAUCUCUGGGAUCAGUCGAAACAACAUAUGCACAAACUAAGAGUCUUGACUGGAGAUAUCUCUCUCGAUUUGCUCGGGCUCCCACCAGAGCAGUUCGACUGGCUGGCCAACUGGGCAAGUGUGGUCUUCCAUCUGGCUGCCAAAGUUAACUUCUGCGAUCCAUAUCAAGCCCAUUUUGACUCUAACACACUGGGAACGAAGAACAUGUUAGAUCUUGCUGCUAGUGGACGGCGAAAGGCUUUCCACUUCAUGUCCAGCAUCGACGCUUGGGGCCCAACAGGCCUGGUAUUGGGGACCCGUAGAUGCCUCGAAGACGAGCCUCUUGAGCGCCACGUUCGAGGCUUAUCAUUCGACAUCGGCUACGCGCAAAGCAAAUGGGUCUCUGAAACGAUGGUCCGUCGAGCUCGCGACCGUGGGCUUCCCACUGCCAUCUAUCGGCCUGGAUUCACCGUCGGUGACUCCCAAACCGGGGCUGGUAAUCCAGAUGACUUCUUCGCACGCUUUAUAGUCGGCAGUAUCAAACUGGGCGCAUUCCCAAUCCUUCCACGCCAGAGACUGGAGUAUGUGACUAUUGACUACGUACUUGAUGCUACCCUUCACAUCGCCUCUCGUAAUGAAAACCUCGGCAGAUCAUACAGUCUGGUUGCUCCCGACCCGAAGGACUCGGUGAACCUCGAACAGACCGUUGAUGUGAUCAGGAAUCUCGGAUACCCGUUGAAUCAUAUCCCCUACUGGGAUUGGGUUCGCAUGCUACAGAGAAUAAGUGAUAUGGACAAUCCCUUGCUCCCUGUUAUGCCCCUACUCCAGGAGCCAGUGUUGAACGGCGUCACCAGGUUCGAGACAAGUAGGAACACGCCUCACUAUGAUAGUUCCAACACUGUCGCUGCCCUGAAAGAUGCACCGGAUAUUCAAUAUGUGCCAUUUGACUCCAAUAUGUUGAACAGAUUCAUUGAUUUCUGGGAGAGCAAAGGAUUUUACAAGAUGCCACAUAUUAGUAACUGA